UUUUUGCAUUUAUCCCCCAAAAAGAGAGAGAGAGAGAGAGAGCCAAUUGCUCAAACACAGAAGAAGCUUACCUUCGAUUUAGGGUUCAUCAGCAGAAGACAGCUCACUUCAAAUGUCAGUGAAAGCAAGGAGGAUCUCCGGGAGAUUAGAGACUGUAGUAGCCAAACCUACUUACGCCUUCGACCCCGUCGACGAUGACAAGAUCAUAAGAAACCGUCUCCUCACCCGAACCACCACCACACGAGGCGAGCCUCCCUUAAAGAAGCUCCAGAAGAAGUUCACUUCCUUCGUCCUCGAAGUCGACAAAGAGGAAGACAACUACGCCGAGUGCAACCGCCUCGCGAAGGCCUUCUUGCAGGAGCUAACCACCUUCGAGAUCCCUCUUCUCAAGAGCCAGGCGGUCGUGGAAGCUAACGUUAGGGAGAAAGAGAGCUUCGACGAGGUGAAGGUUGAGACCGAGAGGCAGAUCAUGCAGGCGAAAGGUGAGAUCGAGGAGCUGAAGAAGCAGCUUGAGGAGAGUAAGAUUGAGAGGCAGCAUAAGGAAGAGUGCGAGACGAUUAGGAAGUUGAUCUCCGCGCAGCCGCCGAGGGCGGAGACUGAGAAGGUGAUUGCUGAGUUGAAGAGGGAGAUUGCUGAGCUUGAAGCGGAGAGCACUGCGAGCUGGAGGUUGCUUGAGCUGAGGAAGAAGCAGUUUGCUCUCUUGUUGCAUGUGGUGGAUGAGUUGCAGAACACAAUGGAAGAUGAGCAGAAGAGUCUAGUGGAUGAGAUUCGGACAGCCGUGGAAGAUCAGAGGAACACAACCGAGCCCAUGUCUGUGGAUUAACUCCCAAAGUUUGGAUAAUAACCUUCAAGUGUCUGCUUUGUCAGAUGUAGUCUACUUUCGUUUCGUUUGGUGCGGUUUCUAUUUUUGUUGUCGAGAAUUUUUCUUAAAAAGUGUGAUUGCAUUUUUCAUGUU